AUGUCUUCGGAAUAUGCUCUGCAUUUCUCACCCAUUUCGACCGAAGAAGCUGGAUCGUUCAAACUGCUGGAACUGUCUCAGGAGCUAGCCGCCCUCGUAGAGACCGCGAUCAAGAAUUCAGAUCCCUUGAGCUUGAACAUCAAAGGGAACUCGAACGAGGAUGCCGUCUUGUGCACACGAGACAAAACAUACACCAUUCGCUCUGUCGAUCUGUCCAACACGCUCUUAAUUGUUACACCACCCGAGGAUGCGGCUCAUUCACUGGAACUCGCCGGUAGGGACGACACAGUCGUGAUACGCGACCAGAUCAAUGAAAUUCUAGAACUCGCUCCUGCUGUCCCCAAAAUCCAAAAGCUGAUCUCCCGAAUACGAUCCAGGGAGUACGGAGAGGAUCAGGAAGACGAGGAUGAAACAGAUGACUUGGACAAUGAGGCCCGAUUUACGUACGAACAGGCUCAAGAAGAGAUCCAAGCCAGCGACGUGGAACUCGAUUCAUGCCUUAAGCAACGGAGAAUUCUCGUCAUAAACCGCGAACUGCGUCCCAUUGCGCCAGCGUAUCUUCAGAACAUCCUUGAGCUCAUUUUAAACCUCUUGGUAUCCUUGUCCCAGCCCCACUCCAACGCGUCGGUGGAGGCUUUAACUUCAUCUCUCUCCGAUGACCACGAGAUAUCCCGAGUUGUAUCCACCCAAGUCCUUGCUUGGUUCGGCGAAAUCCACGCCGGAAAGUGGAAGAUGGAUGUGGAUGAAGUCAUUAAAGAGUUGGGGCUUGGUAUAUUGAGGAACCACAAGGACGAUCCAAUCGCGAAACGCGCCUUCCUAUCACAAUGGAAAGAGGUUGUUGGCGAUACUUUCGCUGAUCGAGUUACAUUGAAGCUUAUUGCUGGCAACUACUUGGAACACAAGUCAUCCCUCUCCGGCGCGGAGUCUCUGCAGUACUUCCCUUCUUUAGCCUUGCCUCCUGACCCAGCAGCCCGUUUUGCGGACCUAUUUUUGACCCGCGCUAAAUGGAAGGGAGACGAAAUCAGUGCAUUCCUAAACGAUAUUGCUGUUAACACAAAGGAACGAGACAAGCUAUUGCUCAAGUAUUGUCGUGCUAUUACUGAGGAAGGAACGGUAUACUACACGGCCAGGGCCCAAUACAGUGGAUGAGAAAUAGUGUACAAACAUAUACGAAGCAGUACGCCCUCGAGUAGUCUAAAGUAUCCAAUGAUGUG